AUGAUUCGGUGUGACACAACACGUCGUAAUUUCAAUUCCAAUUGUGGGCUUGUUGCUAACAUGCGCCACAACACAUUAGGCACUCGAUGUCCGAAAUCGCACGUCGCCGCAUUACAAUUAUUUGUGCCAAUCUCUUCAAUCUCACAAUCAAGAAUCCCCAUCUCCCUAGAUCGAAGGUACUACGUGAUUUAUCGCGAGUAUUUAUGA